CUCGCCAUGGAUGAGCUCCAAGAGCUGGUGGUUCAAAUCGGAGCAGUAGCCCAGCCUGAAGCGGCGGCCAAUGCGGAGCCGCCGAGGCUGGAGCUCACCGUGGAGGAGAUCAUCGAGGACCACGUCGGCUCCCUGGGCUUCGCGCAACUUCUGCACGUUUUCUUCGUCUCCAUCGCGUGGGUGUUCGACGCGCAGAGCACGCUCGUUACCAUCUUCAGCGACGCCCAGCCGGCUUGGAGGUGUAAGGCAUCGUCCUCAUCGCUGCCGGCGUGCUCCGCGACCACGCCGGCGGGGAUGUGCGGGCUCGACCGGGGGGCCUGGGAGUGGGUCGCCGGGAGCAAGAGCUCCAUCAUCGCCGAGUGGGAUCUCGUCUGCGGCAAGAGAUUUCAAGCUGGGAUUCCCGCGUCCCUGUUCUUCCUCGGUUCACUGCUCGGCUCGGCGGCGCAUGGCCGGCUGGCGGACACCUACAUCGGCCGGAAGAAUACGGUGUGGCUAUCCUGCCUCCUCGCUUCCAUAACGGCGUUCCUAACUGCGCUCUCUCCGAACAUCUGGGUCUACACCUUCUUCCGCUUCACCAACGGCUUCGCCCGCUCCGGCGUCGGCAUCUGCUGCCUCGUCCUCGCCACCGAAGUAGUCGGCCGGAGAUGGCGUGGCCAGGUCGGUCAGUACGGCUUCUUCUUCUUCACAGUCGGCUUCCUCUCCCUCCCGUUCAUGGCCUAUCCGGCGCGACACUCCUGGCGCGUCAUCUACAAGAUCAUGUCCCUUCCCCCUCUCGCUUACUCCCUCCUCGUCCUCCCCUUCAUCGCCGAGUCCCCCCGGUGGCUCGCCGUCAUGGGCCGCACUCAGGACGCGCUCCUCGUCCUCGAAAAGUUCGCCAAGCUCAACGGUCGAAAACUACCGCCAAAUGUGUCCAUCUCCGUUCCCACCGCCGCCAGCAGCACGGCGAAAACAGAGAGCUUGUGGUCGUCAAAAUGGGCGACGAGGAGAGUGCUCUUUCUCAUGGCCGCCGGCUUCGGCGUCGGAUUCGUCUACUACGGCGUCCAGCUCAAUGUCGAGAACCUCAACUUCAACCUCUACUUCACUGUCGGCGUCAACGCGCUGAUGGAGAUCCCCGCCAUCUUCCUCGGCAGCAUCUUUCUCAGCUUCGCCAGCCGCCGCCUCCUCUUCUCCUCCUCCUCCUACGUCACCGGCGCCGCCUGCUUCCUCUGCAUCCUCUUCGGCAAGAAUACCAAAUCAAGAGGCAGCUUAGCGCAACUGAGCAUCGAGGCCAUCGGCUUCAUGGCCUCCUCCAUGGCCUUCGACAUCCUUUACGUCUACUGCGUCGAGCUGUUUCCCACCAACGUAAGGAACUUCGCCGUCUCGAUGCUCCGGCAGGCUCUGAUGCUAGGCGCGGCCAUCGCGCCGCACUUAGUGGUGCUGGGCCGGCUGAGCCCGGCCAUCUCUUUCGUCAUUUUCGGAGGUCUCUCCGUGUUUAGUGGCCUCGUGACCAUUUGGCUGCCGGAGACCCGGAACGCUCCUCUCUGCGAGACAUUGGAGCAGCAGGAGAAAUUGGAGAAGAUGAACUCUGUUCCCGUCUCGGAUACGGAAGGAGUGACAGCUUAGUAGCGGACGAAGCGAUCAAAAUGGUGUUCCUUAGCUCACCUGUACAAACCCCUCUGCAAGAUUUAAAUUUCCCUAACCGUUUCAAAUAAACGAUCACACUAUUCAAGAAA